AAUUCUAACUAUGUUUAAAUUUGAAUUCUAAUCCAAAUGCCAUUUAAAUUCUUUCGGAGCAGGUUUACAUAUUGAGUUAUUUCUAGAUGCGUAGCACGCGGAACAUUUUGAAUGGCUUUUGUUUCCUUUGUUGGUGGGUGAAAUAAUAAUGUGGCACCGCCUGUAUUCUGUACACCUAGUGUUAUUUCUGUACGACUUGGAAGCUGAUAUUUGAGACAAUCUGCGCAUCGUUGUAAGCUCAGAGUGAAUUAAAUGCGUGUUUAUGUUAUUAGACUGUAUUGAAUGUCAUGUGUUGGAAGUGUUUCAUUUAAAUGUGCCCGUUAAAUGUCCCUCGUUAGCUAGCGUCGUAGUUAGUUAGUCUGCCCCUGGACCUGGCCAAGUCAUUCAUUAUCAGAGUAGCUAGCAUCAAGCUAGCUCAUGGUAGCUGUUUCUAGCAGGUUCCCUCCCACCCAUUCAGUUACGUUUGUCAGAAGUUCCCACCGUAGAGAAGGCUAGUUUAUUUGGCCAAAUGAAAACGUGUUUACCAGACACACGUCUUUGCAGCAUUUUCAUUGACAGCUUCUAGCUAGAAAAGUUAGCUAACAACCACUGGAAAGGUGUGCUGCAGGCAGGUAGAUGACAUGCAGGGUGAGCCAUGGACCAGAUCACCUUCCAUUAUGACACGGUGCUGUCUGACGUUCACCUGUUGCUGCCCAACUCUCGCCACCUCAUGGCACGCCUCAACCGCGUAGGACAACCAGUUUUCAUCUCCCGGUUCAGAAUCCUGUGGGACGGAACGAAGCAGCGCACCUGUGACCUCGGUUCCCCCUGCGGAGGGGAAGAGUUAGACCGCGACACCCAGGAGGAGAGUGGAAGGGGAGAUGCUAAGGAGAGUGAGAUUGGGGCUGACGGAGGAGUGGACAGGGAUGAGGACCGAGGGGCUGACGGAGGAGUGGACAGGGAUGAGGACCGAGGACCUGACGGAGGAGUGAACAGUGAUGAGGACGGAGGGAUAGAACCACCCCUGGAUGAAGAUGGAGAUUUAGAGGUACCACGCAGAUGUUUUACGCCAGUCUGGCGUGGCGCCUUCCUAUUGGCUGAUUUAAUCCUGUCUCAGCCAACUACAUUCAGAGGAGCCACCGUCUUGGAGUUGGGGGCAGGGACUGGGCUGACCAGCGUAGUCAUGGCAACGGUGGCCAAAACAGUGUACUGCACAGACGUUGGGGAGGACCUACUGAGCAUGUGCCAGAAGAACGUGACGUUGAACAGACACCUGAUGGAACCUGCAGGUGGGAAGGUGCGAGUACGUCUACUGGACUGGCUCAGACACGAUCUCUGCACAGACGCUGAUGCAGAGUUUGGAUGGACAGAGGAUGAAGUGGCAGAUCUCCAUGACAACACAACAAUUAUCAUCGCCGCUGACGUGUGCUACGAUGACGACCUGACAGACGCGCUGUUCCGAACUCUGUACAGAAUCUGUAACAACCUCCGUCUCCCCUGUACUACAUACCUGUCUAUAGAGAAGAGGCUGAACUUCACUCUGAGACACAUGGACAUAUCCUGCGAGGCCUACGAACAUUUCCGCCGCUGUCUGUGUGAGAUGCAGGAGCUGAGGGACGGACGGACCUGCUUCACAGUGGAGCAGGUCACACCCUCUUUCCCACAGUGCCUGCUGUAUGAGCGCAUAGAGCAACUGGAGUUGUGGAAAGUGACAGCGGUGCCUGUCUAACCCUCUGAGGAGCUGACCUGCUCCUAGACCUGCUCCUUAGACCUGCUCCUAGACCUGCUCCUUGACCUUCUCCUAGACCUGCUCCUUAGACCUUCUCCUAGACCUUCUCCUAGACCUGCUCCUAGACCUGCUCCUAGACCUGCUCCUUAGACCUGCUCCUUGACCUUCUCCUAGACCUGCUCCUUAGACCUUCUCCUAGACCUGCUCCUUAGACCUUCUCCUAGACCUGCUCCUAGACCUGCUCCUUAGACCUGCUCCUUGACCUUCUCAUAGACCUUCUCCUAGACCUGCUCCUAGACCUGCUCCUAGACCUGCUCCUUAGACCUGCUCCUUGACCUUCUCCUAGACCUGCUCCUUAGACCUUCUCCUAGACCUGCUCCUAGACUUGCUCCUAGACCUGCUCCUAGACCUGCUCCUUAGACCUGCUCCUUGACCUUCUCCUAGACCUGCUCCUUAGACCUUCUCCUAGACCUUCUCCUAGACCUGCUCCUAGACCUGCUCCUUAGACCUGCUCCUUGACCUUCUUCUAGACCUGCUCCUUAGACCUUCUCCUAGACCUGCUCCUUAGACCUUCUCCUAGACCUGCUCCUAGACCUGCUCCUUAGACCUGCUCCUUGACCUUCUCAUAGACCUUCUCCUAGACCUGCUCCUAGACCUGCUCCUAGACCUGCUCCUUAGACCUGCUCCUUGACCUUCUCCUAGACCUGCUCCUUAGACCUUCUCCUAGACCUUUUUCUAGACCUGCUCCUAGACCUGCUCCUAGACCUGCUCCUUAGACCUGCUCCUUGACCUUCUCCUAGACCUGCUCCUUAGACCUUCUCCUAGAACUGCUCCUAGACCUGCUCCUAGACCUGAGACAUGGAGUUUUCUGAUCUUAGACCUGCUCCUUAGACCUGCUCCUUGACCUGCUCCUAGACCUGGUCCUAGACCUUCUCCUAGACCUGCUCCUUGACCUGCUCCUUGACCUGCUCCUAGACCUGCUCCUAGACCUGCUCCUAGACCUGCUCCUAGACCUGAGACAUGGAGUUUUCUGAUCUUAGACCUGCUCCUAGACCUGAGACAUGGAGUUUUCUGAUCUUAGACCUGCUCCUUGACCUGAGACAUGGAGUUUUCUGAUCUUAGACCUGCUCCUAGACCUGCUCCUUGACCUGCUCCUUGACCUGCUCCUAGACCUGCUCCUUGACCUGCUCCUUGACCUGAGACAUGGAGUUUUCUGAUCUUAGACCUGCUCCUAGACCUGCUCCUUGACCUGAGACAUGGAGUUUUCUGA